UGGAAGUUGAACAAAAAAUUGCACUCGAUUUAUUUCUUUCCUAUGAAUCGAUUCCGUCAUCUUGACAAACUAAAGAAAUGGGUUUGCUUAAAUCACUAGAGGAAAAUUACCCCUUAAUCGAUUUCAUCUUCCAGAAAUUUUGCGAGUCUCGUGGCAUUCUUACUGUGGAAGAUUUCCUAAUUCACGAUCUGAAUGCUUUGAUUUCCUUUGCUUGGAGCCAACCUAAUUCACUGAGAUUGAAGCAGGGAAUUGAUCAACUUCUUUCGAUAGUCGAUAAUCUUCAUAGACCGUGGUUGAAUGGUGUGGAGUUACUGAAAGAUGUUCAACAACAUAAACAGACACUGUCUCUUGCAUAUGGAGGGAUUGAUCCUUUCCUUCACGUGGCGUUAAGGGAGGGGUUUGUAACAGAACUAGUUGGACCGUCAUCCUCGGGUAAAACUCAGGUAUGUCUCCAAGCUGCUGCAAGUGUUGCCAAGGGGUAUGCAGAUCGUGUUGUAUUCAUAGACUCUGGAAACUCCUUUUAUGCACCACGGAUUGCAAACCUUGUGAACCAAGCUUCAUUUUCAGCUUCGGAACAGGCGAAUAAUGAAGCUCUGCAAAUUGUAAUGAAGAACAUAUUGUGUUAUCCAGUAUUUGAUAUAUUUUCAUUGUUCGAUGUGCUACAUCAACUGGAGUUGAAAUUGAAAAACCAGAUGUUUUCAGUGCGGUUACUCAUUGUGGACUCAUUUUCAUCUCUCAUCAUUCCUCUUCUUGGAGGCAGUGGUCCAUACGGACAUGCUCUAAUGAUUUCUGCUGGAAAUUUGCUGAAGAAGAUAGCCCAAGAAUACAACGUUCGUGUGCUGGUGACGAAUCACAUGGUAGCUGGAGAAGGUGGUUCAGCAAAGCCGGCUCUUGGAGAAAGUUGGAAAAGCAUCCCACAUGCCAGGCUCCUUCUCUCUCGCGAUCGAGAGAGCAACACUUGUACUAUCUCUGUUAUCAAACACCCAUCCAUGGCUGCUGGGAAUCAAUGGAAGUUCAGGAUUUGUGAUAGUUAAGAAGAGGCGAAGAGCUCAGAAUCAGAUAGUGUAAUUGUAGUGAUAGUAUUAGUAAUCGACGAACCAAAAUGUGUGAUGGGAAGAGAAAAUGUUCAAGCCGACCUUUAUAAUUCAACCAACCAAAAUGUAUAAAUGCUUGAAUUUUUAGAGUAAUCCAAAAAUUAAAAAGACUAGUAAAAUAA